UGUCCCUUUAACAAAGUCCGUCAAACCAGAUGUGUCGCUUUAGAAUCGCCUUUCCUUGUGACACGCCCACUCGGCAGCAGAGACCCCUAAUUGAACGACAGAGCACCCACAAGAUGGCGGUAGCGCUUCUGUAAAGCACUCCGGCUCCACACAGAAGAAGAGCUUCUGACAAAACCGAGAUUAUCUGACUGCAUCAUCCGCUGACCGAUUCAAGACCGACGAGAAAACCGGAGAAAAUGGCCUUCACAUUCGCGGCCUUUUGCUACAUGCUUGCCCUGUUGCUUACGGCAGCGCUCAUCUUUUUCGCUAUCUGGCAUAUAAUUGCAUUUGAUGAGCUGAAGACUGACUACAAGAACCCUAUAGAUCAGUGUAACACUCUGAAUCCGCUUGUGCUGCCAGAGUAUCUCAUCCAUUUCUUCUUCUGCGUGAUGUUCCUAUGUGCGGCCGAGUGGCUCACCCUCUUUCUGAACUUACCACUGCUGGCUUAUCAUGUCUGGAGGUAUAUGAGCAGACCUGUGAUGAGCUGUCCUGGACUCUACGACCCAACAACCAUCAUGAAUGCAGACAUCUUAGCCUACUGUCAAAAAGAAGGCUGGUGCAAACUGGCUUUCUACCUCUUGUCAUUUUUCUACUAUCUUUACGGGAUGAUCUAUGUUCUGGUGAGCUCUUAAACGACGACAGAAGAAAAGGACCYCCACACAGACGACGGACACUAUGAUCCAGUUGCUGGAACACUGGACCUGCUGGAGACCACAGYUCAGCAACACAAGAUGCCAUUUCAAGUGGUUGAAGUGCCACACACAUUGCAGAGUGUCAUUUUGGAAACAUUUAGCCUCCUUUUCAGAUGGUUUCUUGGCUGCAGUGUUCCUUACAUAUGACUACGGUUAAAAUCUAAAACAUGGACAAAUCUGAAUGGACGAGUCUUUCAUUUUUAAUGUGUUUUUUAUUGAAUGAGUUUGAUUUUUUUUUCCCAUCAUGGUUGAGUUUACAAAUGAGAAAGUAUUCAGGUGUGAAUCUAAGCUUUUUGUAAAUUAGAUUUUCUGUGCUUUAACAGCUGAACAUCAGUUUUUUUUUUUGUUCUCGCAGACACCAAACUGAACAUUUUGGAGGCUGAAGGAUGUCGGUUUUAUUUAACGAGCAUCUCUUACACUCACUCAGAUCAUUCAAAACAAAAUACUGUAUUCGGACUGACAUGUCUGAAGUCUGCUGGUGAUAUUUAGUUCAGCCUGUGUGAAUCCAGCUGUCAGUAAAGGUAGACACAACAGUAGAACAGGAUCCUGCAUAAAGAAGCAACAGUACUUCUGUUUGUCCUUUGGUUACUAACUGUUGAUGUGAAAUMCUGUUGAACAGACUUUUUCAAAGUCUUUGUGAAUUUUGUUUAUUUCAUCACCAAAUACUCCACAUUGUUUGAAACUCCACUCUUUGUUUUUGUUGUUUUUAUUUUUGCUUUGUAGGAUUUMCCCCCUUCAAGAAUAUCAUGAACUCCCCACAAUGUCGCUCACUUCAAGAAUAAAAAUGAGAAUUUCUAUUGUGUAAAAUUAUCAGGGGAAGUAUUUCCUAAUUCUGUAAAAAAAAAAGAAAAAAAAAGGAAGUGUUGAAUCCCAUCGUGUCACAUGUAGAAAAGAUUUAUUUCAUAAAAAUGAAAUAAUACAACUGAA